AUGGGAGUCUGCAAGCUCUGGACGGACGUCGCAAUGAACACCAUCUCCAUCUGGCAGAAUAUCGAGGUUCGCACGACGGGGAACUGGCUCGCUAUCGUCCUCCCACGUUCAAAGGGUAUGCCUCUCGACGUCACCGUGCAUUGUGCCUCCCGCAUCCUACCAUCGAUCGUGUCCUCCUUGACCGAAGAAGCCCCCCGGCUACGCCGGCUCAGCGUUUGUGAAGGAGGCGCCGACGUGGUCGACUUACUCGAAGACACCGUCCUAUCCGUGGACCGGCUCCCCUGCCUGGAAACGCUUCUUGUGGAAUACUGCGGUGAUGCAUAUGCACCGCUCGAUUUCAUAAGCUUCGAUGAGGGCGACAGGUUCCCAGCUCUUCGUGUUCUUGACCUCAACUCCUCGUAUGUACCAUGGGACACUUCGAUCUUCCGACAGCUUCGCGUCCUACGGAUAUCCGAGACUUGGGUCCCGCAUUCAAGCACAGUACCGCUCUCUGUCUUUCUCGCCGUGCUUCAAAUGUGCCAGAACCUGGAAGAACUCGACUUUUCUUUCGUGUACUUCAUAGAUUUCGAGGACCACGAGCCCGACGAGACGGGCUUCACUGUCUCCUUGCCACGGCUACGCUCAUUUCACUGGUUUUGGCCUGACAUUUGGGCCUUCGGAUCACCUACCGAUGUUUAUCAACUGCUCGAACGCCUCCAUUUUACCCGCUCAGUCGACAUCUACCUGGAGUUUGAGGUUCACAUGAAGAUUCAUGAUUCACACGAGGAGCACGAAAACAUCGACUAUCUCCAUAUCAUACCUCCUGACUCUGCCUGUCUGCCUAUCCUUCGCACCAUGACCUCCGCCGAUCUGCACGGCCCCGAGUCCCGGACUUUCCGCGAUGGAUGGGCGAACGACUCUCUCAGCGGGAGAGAUGAUCUCGGGACACUCAAGCUCUCUUUCAAUUACAACUACAGUGGUGGACGUGAAGCGAGAGCGCCGUGGCCCUUCUCCCGAACCGCGCAGUGCACCAAUUUCUGCACUCUAUUCGCGCGGGCGCCCCUCACUUCGCUGACCAUCGAUCCGCACGAGCUGCCGCAAGCUCCUCUACUCCGCGUCUUCCGCACAUUCCCGCACCUGUCGACCCUGGAGCUCUUCUCCGGGUCCGGUGACGUCGACGCUACAUGUGUUGAGGGGCUCUUCGCUGUCCUUGCGAUGGACGCGUGCGGGCCGCGCCAUCAUCCAGUCACGGCCAUCAUCUUGCCGGCUCUGCGCACCCUACGCUUUGAGGGUAUCCGUCAGUCCGUGCACAUGCAAGUGCUAUGUGCGCUCCUCUCGUGCCUCGCUCUUCGCGCGAAGCGGGGCGCUGCGCUGUUGUUCAGUCUGCGAGUCGAAGUACAAUGUCCACACAUCGACGGUACAAAUGCGGAGGGUACCAAGACAUGCGAGGAGCUACUUGCCGCACUGCAGGCAGUAGUCAAGGAGCCGGUGGAGUUAAAAUAUGUCAAAGAAGACAAGGUCAGCAAGUUCCUGUAUAAUGAUAUCGAAAGCCAUAUGACCGGUGCUGAUUAG